AUGAUCGACGGCAUCACAAAGGAAGCCGCGAUCUCCCGCAACGAACAGCAGCUUCAGCCCGCGACGUCACGACAGCCGCUAUCCUUCAGCUCUCGCCGCCGUUCGUCGACCCACAGAUCAUGCAACGGUUGUGCAUUCGCUACCGAUCGAAGCAGCGCCGAAGACGACUUCGUCUUCUUCGUCGACGAGAAUCAAGCAAGAGAACGAUUUCUCCUCUCGAUUCUACGGGCGACGACAACGACCAGAGCUAGUUCCAGCUUCCCCACGAUAUUGAGGAUGCCCGACGACGACCUCAGCAGCCACAGAUGCUGCAACUGUGCACGGCACGCGUCCGCCCACUUCCUCUCCUCUCCUCUCCUCUCCUCUCCUGGAUGCCACAUCUUUCUCCUUGCCGCAAUCGCCGCCGCCGCCGCCGUCGAUCCCGUGAUUGUCGCCGCUGCUGGACGCUCGCCACUGCUGGACGCUCCUCUCGCCAUCACUGCGUUGCCGCUCGCCACUGCCGCUACUUCCGCCACUGCCUAUCAAAUGCCUCGAAGAGCAGUAUCAUCCAGAGGUAGAGAACAUAGCCAGCAUCUGUCUAUGAAUGAAAUAGAUGAGGCAGUACAGGUGCAGGAGGAAAUACUGGACCACACUCCACAAGCAUUAGGGGGCCAAGCAAACGCAUCCUCAUCAUCAUCAGUUCGAACUAGAGGUCCGAAUUUGGGACAUCCUAUCCCAUCAAACCCGUCUGAUCGACAAUUGAUUAGAUUGAAAGGAACUGUGUAAGUCAUAUACAACUUUUUGCUAUUGAUUUAAUAUGUAUUAUUACUU